UUUAAAAUCUUGUGCAGUGCCACUUUCGUCAUUUAGAUGACUUUAGCCUCACACGGGGGUGACACCGCACAUUUCACAGACUAAUAAUAUGUUAACAUCACAACCCCCUUCGAUCUUUGAGAACAAAAAUCUCCGAUCAAAACAAAGUCCAAAGAUCCAGCUGACGCUUUUUGAGAAGUGACCUAAAGCCUUGCUGACCUUCGGCCUUCACAAUUGUUUGGAACGCACAAUUAUUUUUUCUAAAGAAAAUCGUAGCUUUCCCCUGAAGCGGUUUCGAAGCGGCCGCUGCAGGGUUUCAUUGCUGAUUGUCUCUUCUCUUCUCUUCACAUCGCAAAAUCUUUCUUUAGUUUCAGGCUGUGGUUGAUUAUCCUUCUAUCAAGAUGGCUGGACCAGCUCCAUUCGUAGAUAUGGGCAAAAAAGCCAAGGACCUCCUGACAAAAGAUUACAAUUUUGACCAGAAGUUUACCCUUUCAAUGCUGAGCUCCACUGGAAUGGGACUUACAGCUACAGGGCUCAAGAAGGACCAAAUUUUUUUUGGAGACAUAAAUACUUUGUACAAGAGUGGAAAUACUACAGUGGAUGUGAAAGUUGAUACCUAUUCUAAUGUGUCUACAAAAGUGACUGUCAAUGAUGUUUGGCCAUGUUCCAAAGCUGCUUUAAGGUUCAGGAUACCUGAUCACAAGUCUGGCAAGCUCGAUGUCCAAUAUCUUCAUCCUCAUGCUGCCAUUGAUUCUAGCAUUGGCCUGAACCCAACUCCCCUGUUGGAGCUUUCAGCAACAAUUGGAAGCAAGGAGAUUUCUUUGGGUGGUGAAGUUGGAUUUGAUACAGCUUCUGCUUCCUGUACAAACUACACUGCUGGGAUUGCGUUGAACGAGCCAGAUUUCUCUGUUGCACUUUUUCUGACUGAUAAAGGACAGGCUCUGAAGGCAUCUUAUAUCCAUUCUGUCAACCCCUCCACUACCGUUGCCGCUGAAAUGACUCAUAGAUUUUCCACCUAUAAAAACAGUUUCUCCAUAGGAAGUUCCCAUGCUGUGGAUCCUUUUACAGUGGUAAAAACACGGUUCUCUGACAAUGGGAAGGUUGCAACGCUAUGCCAACGUGAAUGGAGGCCCAAAUCACUCAUAACUUUUUCGGCGGAGUAUGAUUCGAAGGCCGUUAAUGCAUCCCCUAAGAUGGGGCUUACCCUUGCUCUUAAGCCUUGACUGGGAAAACCCUUUAAUCCCAUUCAUCAUCUGUUUGAAUUCCAUAUUUCAAAUUUUGAUAUAUUUUUUCCCCGAAGCCAUGGGAGAUUUGUCAUUCACCCAGAUUAUUGUAUUGAAUUUUUUUUUUUUAAAAUCAGGUGAUAACUUGAUGAAUGUCUUUACCAAAAUCAUUGGUGGGGAAAUUGAACCCAAUUUUGAAGAAUUUUAUUAUAUGGAUAACACCUCAGCAGUUUUUCAUGCUGAAUGUUCAUGUUGAAUGCACUGGUUUUUUUUUUUUUUUCUAAUUGUCUUUUAACGAAUAACCUAGAUCUGUGCCAUUUUUUCAUCUUCG